AUGAGACCGUUGGAGGACAAGGUACAAGCCAUUCGCUUAGCAACCGUGCCCAAGAACCAGGAGGAGCUGAAAGCGUACUUGGGUCUCCUGGGUUAUUAUCGCAAGUUUCUGCCAAACUUGUCGACACAGAUUGCACCACUGACCAUGCUACUGAAAGACGAGUACAGAAGUGGAACGAAGUGUAAAGCAAGCCAGAAGACUUCGACCAGCCCAAACUUCAAAUGGGGUCCAGCACAGCAACAAGCUUUCGAUACUUCCAAAAAGUUGUUGGAGACUGAUGCGCUGCUAGUUCACUUUGACCCCCGCAAGCCAGUGUUGCUUCAGACGGACGCUAGCCUUUAUGGGUUAGGCGCCGUUAUCAGCCACGAAAUGCCUGACGGAACAGAAAAGCCUAUAGCUUUUGACUCCAGAACAUUGACGCCUUGUGAACGAAACUAUGCCCAAUAUGAGAAGGAAGGUCUUUCGAUUGUCUUUGGACUGAAAAGGUUCCAUAAGUACUUACAUGGCAACCGUUUCUGCAUCGUUACAGACCAUAAGCCAUUGGUAUCGCUUUUUGGAGACAAGCCAGCCAGCCCUAUGUCUUCAGCCAGAGUAGCAAGAUGGCACAUGUUACUCUCAGCAUAUGAGUACACGAUCAUCCACAAAGCAGGCCGGCUUCGUACAAACGCAGAUGCGUUAUCACGACUGCCUGUAGAGAGCACCGUGGAAGAGAAAAUCCACUGGAUGCAUGACAUAUUGGAGGAUGAAUCAGCUGUGAAGUCACGCAUCAAAGACCCGCUUCUCUCCAAAGUACGUAGCUACAUCCUGCAAGGAUGGCCAGAAAGACACAUCAAGGGAGAGAUGUCCUCGUACACCACCAAACGGUUGGAGCUCAGCUUAGAAGAUGGUGUUGUGCUGUGGGGUUCAAGGGUGGUGAUCCCACAAGAUUCCCAGCUACGUAAGCGCCUGAUGCAAGAAUUGCAUGCUACUCACCCAGGGAUCGUGAAAAUGAAGAUGCUGUCACGAUCAUACUUCUGGUGGCCAGGAGUUGACAAGGAGUUGGAAACACUCGUCAAAGAAUGCAAAGUCUGCCAGGAAAACCAGAAGAUGCCCCAACAGAGCCCGAUACACCCAUGGGAAUUUCCAGAGCGUCCAUGGCAACGCUUGCACAUAGAUUAUGCCUUAGUUGAAGGUCGAGAAGUGCUUAUUGUGGUCGACGCACACAGUAAGUGGAUCGAGGCAGUGCCAGUCAACUCUGCUUCAUCAGCGUCUACCAUCAAGGUGAUGCGGAGAAUGUUUGCAUCGCAUGGAAUCCCAGAUGUCAUUGCAAGCGACAAUGACACACCAUUCGUGUCAGAGGAGUUCUUUACCUUUCUCACCAACAACGGAGUUGAACACAUACAAACUGCUCCAAAGCACCCAUCCAGCAAUGGUCUGGCCGAAAGAGCUGUUCAGACAGUUAAGAAUGGCAUGAAAAAGAUGAAAGGAGGUGACCUUGAGAUGAGACUGCAGAAGUUUCAGUAUCGAGUUACUCCACAAGCAAGUACAGGAAAAAGUCCAAGUGAGCUCCUGUACAGACGUCAAAUACGUACCAAACUAGACAAGCUUCGCCCAGAUCUUGCCAAGAAGCUGAAACGACAGCAGAAGCAGAUGAAAGACCAGGCGGACAGAGGAUCCAGACCUAGAUGUCUUCAAACAGGAGAUCACGUCUUAGUGAAUAAUUUGGCAGCAGGUCCAACAUGGCUCCGUGGUUCUGUUCAAAGUGAUAUAAGCCCUAGUCUCUAUGAGAUACACCUGACAGAUGGUCGAGCAGUUAGACGCCACAUUGACCACAUGAGAAAAGUUGAACACCUACCUGCACCGGAAAACAAACAUGAUGUCAUCAUCCCGGUCAGCAUAGAUGAAAACCAACCCGCACCACUACCUAUCAACACAGAUACAAUUCCAAGCCAGAUAUCUGAACAACCAGAGGAUUCUAAUCCCACUCCUGAGCCGAAUCAGUCUCCGCCAAUGAGAGUGUCUACCAGACUUCUGAUACGGGUUGUUCUUGGGAGGAGUGAUCACCAAAUCACGGACUUCUUGAAUAAUCUCAGGUUGUACCGCAGCCAAAAUGUGGGCAAAUUUGGUGUCUUCACGCUUGAUUCCCCGGGUAUGGAAUUGUGCUUCCGCUUGCGCAAACCAAAUGAGGGGAUCUGCUGGCCAGAAGGGGGGUAG